AUGGCCUUCCUUGUGCCAUGGACACGGGCUUCCGCCGCCCCGUCUCGUCUGCUCGGGACGGGGCGGCUGACCGCCACCACGACUGGUCGCCCGAGUUGGUCGCGGCGGUUUGGCGGGGCGACGCGCGGCUUUGCGCGGAUUGAUGCCUACAAGCACUACUAUGGCAAACUCAAGAACCAGGAGGGCAUGCUGCGCGACGCCGCGCGCAACGAGCCCUACCGCGCGGCGCUGGAGCGUGCCCUGCGCCAUCGGCCCAACGCCACGGUCAUGGACAUCGGCACUGGAUCUGGCUUUCUGGCAAUGCUGGCAGCCAAAUACGGCGCCAAGAAGGUCUAUGCGAUCGAGGGCUCGUCGGAGAUUGCGCGUGUGGCCUCCAGGCUGAGUCGGGCCAAUGGCUUUGCAGGGAUUUUGGAUGUGAUCCCUAAACACUUGGAGGACAUCACUGAAGAGGAUGUGCCUUUGGGCUCUGUCGACAUCAUUGUCUCAGAGCUUUUUUCUCACUUCUUGGUGGGUGAGGUAGGAUUGCAAGUGGUCACCGAAGCCAAGCGCUUUCUGAAGCCAGGUGGCCUCAUUUUGCCAUCGCAAGCUCGGAUCAAGCUUUCCCCCUUUGCCGACCCGACACUGGGCGCUGAACUGCGCGCGCGGCACAGCUUCUGGCAGACCACCGACUUCAUGGGUUUGGACUUGUCUUCGGCCCUGCCCUUUGCUGAGGAGCAAGUGCGCAAGGAGCUCAUCCUAGAUGUAGUCCAGCCUGAGCAACUUCUGGUACCCCCAGACGAGGCACCGGAAGAGCUCCUGGAUCUCGAGGGCCCGGAGGAUCCUGCCCACUGGGAUCGCAUGUCCUUCACUUUGAAGUUUCCCUCGCGCUCGCACGACGCCCUCAUUGAUGGCCUCUGCGCCUGGUGGGAUGUCAUCUUUGCCGACGACCAAAGCGACGGGACGGCGCCUGUGCUGUGGACGGCGCCGGGAAAACCGAAUACGGUCUGGGCACAGUGCAGGUUCCUGCUGCAUAAGCCCUUGAGUGCGGCGAAGGAGGAUGAGCUGAAGGUGGUUUGUGAGCUCAAGAGUCACAAGCAGCGCGAGUCAUACUCUGUGAACAUGACGCUGAUCAACGAGACGAAGAAGCGCAGCGCGCUGGUGGGGCCGGUGGAGCUCAGUAACGUCUAUGCGCGGCACUUCGCCAAAGCGCAUCCGCUGGGAGGCUUGAGCGAAGCAGAACGCUGCGUUUUCCAUGGCUUUCCUCAGUUCCUCAUUCUGUUGAAAGCGGUGGAAGUCUACAGGCAGAAGGAUCUCCGGCCAGAGGGAGCUUUAGCAGAGCAUGCCGUGAAGGAGCCCUCCUCGCUGGCGGGGACUUACGUCGGGAUCUUUGCCGCCUUUGGGGAUCACCCGGAGACCAACACGGAGCCUGUGGAGCUUGAGGUCUUCGUGCCUCCCUCAGAGGAUGCCAUUGGUUGCAAGAGCUACCAGCUCCCAGCGAAUUCCAUCAGCCUGGUGCGAAGAGGAAACUGCACCUUCGUGGAGAAGGCCCGGCAUGCGCAAGACGCAGGUGCCCUGGGCGUUCUGGUCGCCUUUGACUCUGACCAGGUGAUGGAGAUGGGUGGCUCGAACCAAAGCAAGGAAGAUGAGCAGGUGAAGAUCUGGGCCGUGGCGAUCGGCGAGACACUGGGGGAGAAGUUCUACCAGCAACUGGGGUCCUCCAGUCUGGAACAGGCCAAAUUGGUGGUCUCAGUGACCUCAUAUCAUCCAUCACCCUUCAAUGUGUCGGAGCUGAUUUUGAUCCUGACCGCUACGGCACUGGUAGCAGCUGGGACCUUCUUUUCCACCGCGGACAUGCGGCAGACGAGCUUCAGCAGCGCAAUCGCCCCGCAGACCGAAGAAGUUCAAGAGCUGGACGCUUGGAUGGCAGGAGGCUUCUGUGUCAUGGGCAGUUGCGUGCUGGUCUUCCUCUUCUUCUUCAUGAAGUACGCCAUCUAUUUCAUAAUGUUUGCCUUUUGUGUGGGUGGAGCACUUUGCCUGACCCAGUUUAUCAGCAUGUGCUUGUACCACUAUGCGGUCUGGUCUCGCGAGAAGUUCGUGACCCUGCCUGGCCUUGGCCCAAUCUCGAAGGCGGAGAGCCUCGCCUUGGUGCCAUCAUCACUCUUGGCAUUGUGUUGGGUGAUUCUUCGAAACACCCACUAUGCCUGGCCCUUCCAGGACAUUAUUGGUGCAGGCUUCCUUUGCUGGAUGCAAAGAACCCUCAGGCUGCCGAACCUAAAGAUCGCCACCAUCCUUCUGGUGGCCAUGUUUUUCUUCGACAUCUACUGGGUGUUCAUCUCAGUCCACCAGUUCCACCAGAGCGUCAUGGUCUCCGUGGCCACGGGCGGUGGGACCGGCGAGGCGGUGCCCAUGCUCAUCAGGAUACCCCAGUUCGGCGAUCCUCUGGGUGGAGAUCGGAUGCUCGGGUUCGGCGACAUCGCGCUGCCAGGGCUACUGGUGUCUUACCUGAGACGUCACGAUCUGCUGAGCCAUCGACGCUUCUUCGAAGGCUACUUCGGCCCGUCCUUACUGGGAUAUUUCGUAGGCCUUUGUGCGACGAUUGUCGCUCUCACCAUCAUGAAGAUGGGUCAGCCAGCAUUGCUUUACCUGGUUCCAUGCACCUUAGGUACCACGGUGCUGCUGGCGUCCUGUCGAGGAGAACUGUCCCUUCUGUGGGAUGGCAAGGUCUCGCGGCGACCCAAUGAGGAUCCGCAUUCGAGCGAUGGAGGACCUUGA